ACGGUGACAGGACAGCGUGUCAAAUCGGUGGACUAAAGGAGACGAGGUUUAGAUUUUAGCACAUGCAAAGGAGAUUGUCUACAAGGAAGUGAAGCAGUCACGCAGAUUGCAUUGGAAAGUGAAACAACCACUGUCCAGAGAACUAUUGGAAACACAGGCUAUAGAGGCGACACCACAUUUGGAAAUGAAUCGUGUUGCUGCACCGAGAUGUGGAGUCAAAAACUAAAUUUCAUACAGAUAUCGCAUAUGCGCAUCAGUGAGAACCCUAAUGUUAACCUUUCUUACCACCGCGUAAUUGUAGACAUUUGAAGUUGGAUAUAAAAUCAGUACCGUGGAAAGCAAGAGCGGCCAAUAGGCGCACCAUAAUACACCGAAAAUUGGAAUUUAAGAGUUUUGGAUCAUUAUUAGCUGCAUAUGCUUUUUUGCCAAUUAUCCGUUUUGGACAUCCUACUAUGGCUAUGUUGUGCAUCUUCUGAAACAGCCUUUAGUUGUAUUUGAAAGCGUUGCAUCAAAUAAAUCCAAAAAGUUAUUGCAGGUUUCAUCAACUUUCAUCAAGAUGACAAGGCGAGUUUUCCUUCUGUGCGUAUUCAUACAGACUGCAUACCUGGUGCCUGUCCAGGGAUUCCCGGCCAAGAAUCAGCAAAAUUCCAAAGAGAUGAGCAGCGCAUUGGUGGAGGCAGUACCUGAGGACAGCUUAGGCGAUUCCCUCCUGACCCUGGAGGACCUCCAGCAGGAGAACCAGCUACAGACCCUCCCUCCCACCCUGUUGACUCACAACUCCAGACAUCAAUGGUCCCAACGUCGCGGAGAGGGGAUUUUACCCAAACCAGAACCAGAAGAGGACCCACAACCCUUCAUAUUGGACCUUAGGAAAUUCCCAGACCUGGCCAAUGCAGAGAUAGCCCCCCAGAAUCCUAAUAUACAGGUCACCAUCGAGGUUGUGAAUGAUCCCCAGACAGAGGUGGAGAUGGAUUUGGCCAAGGAGGGACGGAAUGACUGGUCCCUUUCCGAGGAGGAGUGGCUCGGUCACAAGAAGUUGUUCUGGCCGCUGUUCUGGGAGUACCCUGACCAGGCAGGGAGCGGGCCGGGCCAGGCCAGCCUGGAAGAUCCCACCGAGGACUAUAACUACGACACAGAGGAUCCAGUGCUGAGUGGGGUCGGGGGAGGAUGGGGAAAUCGCUGGAACAACGGAUGGGAUUCCUCCAAGGAGAACUACGAGUACGAGGAGGAGGAGUGGAGCGUCUGGUCACCUUGUAGCGUUACAUGUGGCCAUGGCAGCCAGAAACGCAUUCGUUCCUGUGGUUAUGCCUGCACAGCGACCGAGUCCCGGACAUGUGACUUGGAGCGGUGUCCAGAUGACCUUGAUGCAGUGACUGAAUUGAUGCCGAUACAGACAACUAACGACACUGACUCACUGGAUACAAACGUCGACAGCUGUGAAAAGUGGCUAAGCUGCAAGAACGACUUCCUCCAGAAGUACCUUCACCAGGUUCUGACAGAGCUCCCCAGCUGCCCGUGCAGCUACCCCUCUGAGGCCGUCUACAGCGCCGUCAACAUCCCCGACCAAAAGCAGCGCAAGACGUAUCGGUGGCGCGAUGCCAGCGGGCCCAAAGAACGCCUGGACAUCUACAAGCCGUCUGCCCGCUUCUGCAUCCGCUCCAUGCUGUCCUACGAGAGCACCACGCUGGCCGCGCAGCACUGUUGCUACGACGACCACAUGAAGCUGAUCACGCGAGGCAAAGGGGCCGGGGCGCCGAAUCUGAUCAGCACCGAGUUCUCGCCCGAGCUGCAUUACAAGGUGGACGUGCUCCCCUGGAUCCUGUGCAAGGGGGACUGGAGUCGCUUCCAUUCAGUGCGGCCCCCUAACAACGCGUUGGCUUGCUGGGACAACCCCCCUGAAGAGGUGUUCCAAGCCGAGCUGGAGGAAGCGAAGGAGUACUAAGGAGACCCCUCACCCCCCCCCCCCCCACUAUCCAGCUAAGGGAGGGUAGUGGGAAGGGAGGAUGAGAGGGGAGAGAAGAGCUGGUUGGAACCUGUUAAAGACCGUGGUUGUGGGUGAAUGAAUGAGUGGCUGAAUGUGUUCACUUUCAAAAACUUUGGAUAGAAAUCCUUUGGUUGUAUAAUCUCAUAUACAUAUAUACAGAUAUAAAGUAUAUAGACAGUACAGUAUACACAUCAGCAUGUGCAAACCUGGCAAAUUACAUAAAUGGUUUCCCCAAUGUAUUUAUUUCCCACGGAUUGUGUUUUUCGAAAGACACGCCAAGGGUGCAGCUACUAUAUUGUCUGUUAUUUGCUGACAUGGCAAAUUGAUAUAAUGGAGAGUCUGAACUGACAGUCAAAGGCUAUUUUAGCGCACAGUACCAGCCAGCGCUCAAAAGAACACUGGUGAGUCAACUUUGGACACAUUUUGGCAGAACAAACAUUACAUGAAUUAUUUUAGACUUACUCACCAAUUUCUCUUACCUGUCCUCAAGAGUCAAAUGCACCGAUGCUAUGUGUUCAAGAUAAUGUACUUGGAACUGAGGGGAGGGAUUUGCGGCAUGCGACAAGUGGUUGCAACAGUGCCUCCAAGAUCCUGGAGUGUGGAGCAUGGAGAAUGUGUAUUUAUUAGACUUAUAUGGGGCCUGAAUUGUAUUUGCAGGAAUAAACAAAAAAACACUGAUGCCUCAUGAAAGAAAUUCCUGUCAAGCUGCUAAAAACAGGACAAAUUCAAAUGCAAUGUUGCCUUAUUGUUUCUCUCUCUCUCUCUCUCUCUCUCUCUCUCUCUCUCUCUCUCUCUCUCUCUCUCUCUC